GUAGCUGCUUCAUCCGUGGUAGCUGCUUCAUCCGCGUCAUUGGACGAACGACGGAUCGUCGACAAUGAGACGCCAAGAGCACUGAACCUCAAUUGCAGCCACGUCGCUUUGCUCGAGAGCACAUUCUUUACUUUAGCUUUCCCCUGGAUAUCACCGGAACCCGGGUUGAAAGGCGGCGAUGCCGGUAGCCACCAGGAAACGACCUGGUCGGCCGACAAAAAGUCAAGCUGCGGGGGACGAUGACAAGGCUUUACCGACCAGCAGCACCGAUGAGAUUCCGGCGGGAACCCGGCGCAGCAAGCGUCUCGGUCAUAUUGAUGUGGAAGACAUCAGAGAUUUCGAGGCCAUACGAGUAAAGAGGAGACGAAGAAGUCAGAAGGGUGUGGAAGAAGAAGAAGAAGAAGAAGAAGAAGAAGAAGAUCAGGUGGACGCAGACCAAAGCAGCAUCAUAGAAGACGACCAAGGCGAGGAUGACGAUAGGGGCACGGGAGACGGUCAAAACGAAGAAGGAGAAGACGGUGAAGAAGUAACAGACGACCAUCGCGAAAACGCAGCUCUACCUCUGGCAACGGAGACGCCGGUCGAACCACCAACUGCCAGAAAACAAGGCCGGCCGAGAAAGAUACGUGAGGAUCUACGGGUAGAUACAUUGCGUAAGGAAGCAACGAAUACCCAUCGCACGAAUGUGAGCCGUGUCGGGAAGGGGCAGACAAAUCAAGAAUCCAGUCGAUCUUCGAGAAAGAAGGCGACGAAACCAAGCAAAGGCCUGCCGAAUCCCGAAGCUUUUCAACCGACAUCAGACCCGGAUAACGAGAACGAACUAGCCGCCGCUGCAGCGGCCAGGGCGGAUAUAUACGCGUUCGCGAGUAGUCCACCUAGAGGGUCUGCCAUCGCAGUUGACCUUUCAAUGUCGUCAUACCAAGAGGCUGAAUCGUCCGAUUCGCGAUCCGAUUCACAGAACCCUGACACCGGGAAUGGGCUGUUUGUUGAGCGCGAAAUUCAGAGCGCAGAUGAGGAGGGCACAGAGGAGGGCGACGAGGAGGGUGAUGAUGAUGAGCAGCUCUACAACGACCCGAUUAUGGCUGAGUUGCCGCCGUCUGCACAAGCAAGGGAAGAUGCUGCCUAUCCGGGCGACACAGACUCCCAAAUGGAGCCACAACCAGUAGAGGCAACUGCGCAGAUUCGUCGUUUUGUCGGUGAUCUGGACCCGCCAACUCCUGACCUCUUCCCCGAGGUUGAUUACGAGUACCCGGACGAUCAUUUUAUCUUUCACCAGCCUGAAGAUCAAGACCGAUUGACCGCGGCGCCGGUCAAAUCACCAUCUCUGAAGAGCAUCAAGGAGUUGAUGAAUGGAGUGGGUUGGACUCGUUCCAAGGAUGGAAGAGCAGUUGACCUCACAACUGGGCCGGCGCAGCUCUCGCAGAGAACCCAGCCUCUAUGGGACCGUUUGCAAUCACUCAACAGCUUCUGGGAAGGAGCCCCUCGCGCGCCCCUGUUUAGCAAACAAUGCGACUAUUUGCAUUCGAUCAACGUAGAUGCGGUCGAUGCCAGGCUCGCUGUCAAGGAAGUCGAUAAGCUUGUUCAUAAGAUAGCCACGAAAGCAAAGAAGCCCAGCCCCGGCGACGAAUCUGAUAUGCCGGCCCCACGUUUCGUCAAGGAGCUGUACGAAAGUAUCAUCCCUUCACUUGUGGUUACCCUUGGAAUUGUAUUCCGAAAGGGUACUGAGCACGAUGGAUCCCAAUAUGCCGGAUCGUUCACGAAGCCGACGUUGCAAAUCAUGCACAGACUGGUUGCUUGGAUUGAGAAGCUGUACUAUGGCAUGCUCUCAAAUCUUGCGAGAAGGAGGCGGAAGGAACAACUGCUAUCCAAGAAGCUCAGUCGAGAAAAGCUCGCCGUGUAUUUAAAAGGCUUCAAAUUAGAGCUGGAUGUAACUUGGAACAAGGUCAAUCACACGAUCCAGCGGCAACGACUCUACAAGCAGCGGUUUCUUGAAAAGAGACAGAAGGAAGAGCGAGAACGACACGAGUACGAAGAGACUAGACGACGACAACGGGAGUUUUGCGAUAGGCGGCUGGAGGAGCGGAUUGCAGCCGAGAAAGCACGAAGAGGGAUAAGCUCCCCGCAACAGAGUCAAAGAGGCAGACACGAGAGACAGCAGGCCUUGCCAGUGAAUCGCCAUCUAGAGGCAAAGCAAGGAUCGGUGGAUGCUGAGCCCUUUGCCUGGCCUGAAGCAGAUGCCAAGUGGCUUCUGCAGACGUUGUCCGCGAGGCCAGACACCGACUCUCAAGCGCUUGCAAUGAUGCUCAAACGCAGCGAAGACGAUGUCAUAGCCAUGAUCAGUUUGCUCAAGCAAAGCGCCAGGGCACACGCAGCACAGAGAGGCAAGGAGGUUCCGGCAUUUGCAGCUGUUUGAGCUACAAAGUGCCGCCUGUUGGGGAUACACUAGCUGCGAGUUUAUUGUUUUUGAGGAUACCCACGCGUUCAUAUUGAGCGUCCCAAUAUCAUUAUUUCGGGCAUAUGAGAAAGCCUGCAUUCAUCCAAUUCACUCAUGUCUGCGCGCAGGGUUUCGCCUACUACCGUACGCGUAAUCGGCGGUGAUGACUCGGAGUCGGUGUUUCGGAAGAUUCCAAUUAUUACCAAACCAUUUGCUCUAUGCAGUUGCGGUAAGCGAA